CAAUUAUGAUAAAUUUAUAAAAAAAAUUACCUAUAUCUAAAAUAUAUACAAUAAUAUUUUCUCAAAAAGAUUUGCUAAUUGCCUUUUAAGAACAAGAACCAAGUUAAUUGAUUGAUUCCCAAAAUCAAUCCCCCAAAAUCAAGCUCGUGAAUCUCUUGAAAUUGAGGCAGCUAUCUGAACAACAACGAUUUAACCCCUUGAAUGUUUUCGAUUGAUUCUCAACUCACGCGUUAUCUGAAUCGAUCCGUUAUAGUUUCUCUUCCUGGAAGCUUCUAGGCUUAGGGUUCUUUCAUUUUUCAACUCUUCGCAGCACCAGAUAGCAUAAUAUUGGUACAAGUUCGAUUUGAUUUGUCUUAUGCCCUGGUAUUCUCCAGUCACUAGUGCACAUAUGUAUACGCGUGUGUAACUGUAAGUAUCAAAAGUGCGUUGACGUGAAGAUUGAGUCUUCGCGGUAAUACUAAAUAGUGCUUUAUUGCUCGCAACAGAUUUUGGAAAUCUUCGCUUGAUAUAUAUAUAUAUAUAUAUUUUUUUUACUUGGACUUGGGAUUUGUAUGAUAUCUAAUGGUUGCAGCUGGUGGGGAGAAGGGUUACAGGUUGAUUGGUUGCUGGACUUCAUGUCGCAUCACAGUGCCAGUCUAUAGUGUAUCAGCACCUCUGUUGAAUUUCUGAAGGGUAGCAGCUUAUUUUUGAGGAUAAGAGGGGAACAAUGUAUGGGAGGUCUGGUCUGGAUAGAUUUAAGAAAGGGCAGUCUUUGGAACCAUUUUCAGUGACCGUGAAUUCCACUUCUAAAACUACUGCACAGCCUGCUUCUAGCGCAGUUACCCACCAAUCUGCUCUGUCUUCUCAGUCUCAAAACUCAUACCAGCAAACACAACCUCAGAGUCAAUACAAUGUUAUUCAAAAGCCUGUGGUGGCAGAUGUGGCAGCAGCCAUGGUGCCAACCCAACAAGUGACCCAGGCUGGAGGGGGACAAUCGACUUGGCAGCCUCCUGAUUGGGCCAUUGAGCCCCGACCUGGUGUCUAUUAUCUUGACGUGUUGAAGGAUGGUGAGGUUAUUGAUCGAAUUAACUUGGAUAAAAGGAGGCAUAUUUUUGGGAGACAAUUUCAUACAUGCGAUUUUGUGCUUGAUCAUCAGUCUGUGUCUCGUCAGCAUGCUGCUGUCAUUCCUCACAAGAAUGGGGGCAUAUAUGUCAUUGAUUUGGGAUCUGCACACGGUACAUUUGUUGCAAAUGAACGGUUAACAAAAGAUUCCCCCGUUGAGCUUGAGGCAGGGCAGUCCUUACGGUUUGCUGCCUCCACUAGAACUUACAUUUUGAGAAAGAACAAUGCAGCUCUUUUUCCUCCAGCUCCACUGCCAAAUGAAAUUGAUCUACCGCCAUCUCCAGAUCCAUCUGAUGAGGAAGCCGUUUUGGCUUAUAACACAUUUCUUAAUCGUUAUGGUCUGACCAAAUCAACAAAAAGGUCUGCAUCCUGUGAGCAAGGAAUCCCAUCUUUGGGUGGAAGGGAUAACAGUCGGCAUAUAGAGAGAGCUGCUAAGAGAAUUAAGAAAACAAGAGUGGCAUUCAGGGAUCAAGUUGGGGGCGAGCUUGUUGAGGUUGUUGGGGUUUCGGAUGGUGCAGAUGUAGAAACAGAGCCCGGCCCGAUGGGUGUCAAAGAGGGAAGUCUUGUUGGGAAAUAUGAAUCCCUUGUUCAAAUCACAGUAGUACCAAAAGGGAAGGAGCAGUCCUCUGUAAAGGAAAUGAAUGUUUCUCCAAAAGGUGUGACUAAUAAGUUGCAAGAAGUCUUGAACAAGGUUAAAAAUCCUCCAAGGAGUGGGAUUUAUGAUGAUCUUUAUGGGGAAUCAUUUUCUGGCAAAGUCGGUUCUUCCUGGGCAUAUUCUUCUGUCAAUUCAGGUGGUAGGCAAGCUUCUCCAAGCAAGGAUGCUGAAGUGAAUGAGGAUGUUUUGGCAUUUAAUGGAAAAGCUGGAAAUAACUUCAGCAAUGCUGAUGAUGACAAUGAUGAUGAUUUAUUUGGUGACUAAAUGUAACUGAGGGAGAUGGCUCAGGCAAGAAAUGGACCUGCCAGGCCGCCACCAUACUCUCUCCACUGCUGCAGCUGCUGCUGCACCACCAGCGCUCUUGACUGACCUUGUUGCAUUCACAUUUUCAGCAGAAUUGGUAGUACCUGCCUAGAGAAAUUGCUGCUUCUUCUGCCCCAUCUAAAUUGUCAUAUGGAGCCCCCUGGGGUUCUGAUACCAUUUGAUGGGACAAGCAUUGUCUUAUCAAAUUCAUUAGAAAGCCUUUAGAACGGGCGCUAUUUGACUUUGUGGAAGGCUUAGAAUUAUCUUCUUUAAUUGUGAGAACUAGUCUUUGAAAUGUAUGAAAAGCCUCAAAGUGUUUUUUUCAGGGUGGGGGGUGGGGGGUGUGACGGUUUGUGCUAAGUGAAGAGUAGUCGAUUGAUGCCGGGUGAUGUAGCUGAAGGCUUACGAUUAUUAACCUUAGUUGCGAAAGCUGGUGGCUGGAAUCUGACACAUUUUUGGCAGGUGUUCUGAUUUUGUUUCUUCCAGGUCUGUUACUGUCCCUAAUAAAUUGUUGCAAACCUUCAAUCAGUUAAUGAGAGGAGGUUCAUGUUUUUGACGGGGAAACCUAAACAUGAAUCAGAUAAAUAAAUCACUGGU